AUGUCGUCAACUUCUCCUGCUGCGGUUCUGCUGGGCCGGCAAUUGAAACAAAUGCAAUCCGACAAGGAUAUUCCAGGAAUUAGUUGCGGAUUGGCUGACAACAACAUUUUCGAAUGGGAGGUCAUGCUCAUGAUCAAUGACGACUGCAAAUACUAUGGCGGUGGUUUCUUUCGUGCUCGGUUAUCAUUCCCACCGGAAUACCCUUUGAUGCCGCCGAAGAUGAAGUUCGAGACUCCCAUUUUCCACCCCAACAUCUAUCCCUCCGGAGAAGUCUGCAUUUCAAUCCUCCAUCCGCCGGAAGAAGAUAAAUAUGGAUAUGAAUCUGCUGCAGAGAGAUGGUCACCCGUCCAGUCGCCGGAGACCAUUUUGCUUUCGGUCAUUAGCAUGCUCAGUAGUCCCAAUGACGAGAGCCCAGCCAACGUCGACGCGGCAAAGAUGUGGAGAGAGGACCCCAAGGGAUUCAGACGGAAGUGUCAGAGGAUCGUUCGAGAGAGCUUGGGCGACGAAUGA